GAGGCACAAAGAUGGCGGCGGGUGCGGCGGGAGUUGUUGCCAUGGCGGCCCGCGGGAGGGCCCCCGCCGACGGGACGCUGUGUCCGGCCGCCGGGCGCGGGGGGCUGUGAGCAGGCCCCGCCAUGCCCCAGGCCUCGGAGCACCGCCUGGGCCGCACCAGGGACCCCGGUGCCCCCGUGGUGACGGCGCAGCCCCGGGCGGGCUCCCGCCUGCCCAGCGGGCACCGAGCGCUGAGCCAGGAGCGCCAUGCGGCCCCCAACGGGCUCAGCCCGGCCCCCAAACUGCGCCUGCUGCCCCCCCGGCCCCCGCCGCCCCCCGACGACCCCCGCCCCAAGAAGCUGGAGCUGGAGCGGGGCCGGGCGGCCAAACGGGGGGACCCCGCUCCCCGCGGGCCGGGGGGACGCCGGGGGCCGCUCAAGGCCGAUCACGGCGUGAGGGUGCCCGGGGGAGCCCCGCAGGUGCCCGGCAGCGCCUCCUUCUCGCUGCCCAGCGCGGCCGAGCGCCGCCGGAGCAACCUGGCCCGCUCCAAAUCCAUCAGCAUCGGCGACCUGAGCCAGGGAGGAGGUGGCGGCGGCGGUGGCAGCGGUGUCGCCGGUGUCCCCAGCCGCGCCGAGGACGUGGCGGUGGCGCUGAGCCGCUUGGUGCUCAGGGACUGCGGGCACCCGCUGGGUGCGGGCGCGCUGGCGCUCCGCCGGAGCUCCUCGCUGCGCAGGGUCACCGUGAGCACCGGGCCCGACGGCAAAGGCACGGCGGCGCUGCUCUCGGUGCGCCCCGAGGGCGGCCCCCGCGCCCGCCCCGAGCCCGCCUUCGGACACGGCCCCGGCAGCCCCGCCAGCGGCCGGACCGAGGACAAGGCCGCGACACACCACACGCUGCUGCUGGGCUCGGGCCACGUCGGCCUCAGGAAUUUGGGCAACACGUGCUUCAUGAACGCCGUGCUGCAGUGCCUGAGCAGCACCAAGCCCCUGCGGGAUUACUGCCUGCGCCGCGACUUCCAGCAGGAGCAGCCCCCCGGCCCCCGCGCCCCCCAGGAGCUCACCGAAGCCUUCGCCGAUGUCAUCGCCGCCCUGUGGCACCCCGACUCCUCCGAGGCCGUCAACCCCGGGCGCUUCAAGGCCGUGUUCCAGAAAUAUGUCCCCUCCUUCACGGGUUACAGCCAGCAGGACGCGCAGGAAUUCCUCAAGUUCUUCAUGGACCGGCUGCACGUGGAGAUCAACAGGAAGGGCCGGCGCACCCCCAGCAUCCUGUCGGACACACGGAGAGCCCCGGCCCUGGAGGACCCCGAAACGCUCAGCGACGACGAGCGCGCCAACCAGAUGUGGAAGCGCUACCUGGAGAGGGAGGACAGCAAGAUCGUGGAUCUCUUUGUGGGGCAGCUGAAGAGCUGCCUCAAGUGCCAGGCCUGCGGUUACCGCUCCACCACCUUCGAGGUGUUCUGCGACCUCUCGCUGCCCAUCCCAAAGAAAAGCUUUGCCGGGGGCAAGGUCUCGCUGCACGACUGCUUCAGCCUCUUCACCAAGGAGGAGGAGCUGGACUCGGAGAACGCCCCGGUGUGUGACAAGUGCCGGCAGCGCACGCGCAGCACCAAGAAGUUGACGAUCCAGCGCUUCCCACGCAUCCUGGUGCUCCACCUGAACAGGUUUUCCACCACGCGCUACUCCAUCAAGAAAUGCUCCGUCUUCGUGGACUUCCCGCUGCAGCAGCUCAACCUGCGCGAGUUCGCCAGCGAGAAGGCGGGCAGCCCUGUCUACAGCCUGUACGCUCUGUGCAACCACUCGGGCAGCGUGCACUACGGGCACUACACGGCGUUCUGCCGCGACCCCGCCGGUUGGCGCGUCUACAACGACUCCCGCGUCUCGCCCAUCAGCGAGAACCAGGUGCCGUCCAGCGAGGGCUACGUGCUGUUCUACGAGCUGGAGGAGCCGCCCGGGCGCAGAGCCUGAGAGCCCCGAGCGGAGCCGCCUGCGGGGCCGGGGCUGCGGGGGAACCGCCGGGACCCUGCCCCGGGACACACCGGGAACCCCCCGGGAUCCUCCGGGAACCCCUGAGACCCCCCGGACCCGCGGAGAGGGGGGUGCGGGGGGAGCGGCCGCAGCCCGCGCGGCCCCGGGGGGUUUUGUGAAUAAAUUUAUUAAAAAAACCCCAAAAAG